GGCACUGACUGGCAUCACUGCUGGGCACUGACUGGCGGCACUGACUGGCACAACCGCUGGGCACUGAUUGGUGGCACUGACUGGCAGCACUGCUGGGCUGCACUGGUGGGUGGCACUGGUGGGCAGCACUGGUGGGUGGGCACAGGUGGGUGGCACUGGUGGGCACAGGUGGGUGAGCACAGGUGGGUGGCACUGCUGGGCACAGGUGGGUGCACUGCUGGGCACAGGUGGGCGGAAUUUGUGGGUGGCACUGCUGGGCACCGAUCAUCAGGGCACUGAUCAUCAGUGGCCCUGAUGAUCGGUGCCGAUCCUCGCUCUGACAACUGCCGGUUCUCGGCAGUACUUUCCUCACGAUCUGACAGCGUGAGGAAAGUGCAGCCGAGAACCGGCACUUGCAU